CGGGGCGCGACGGGGCGCGUCGGGGCGGCAGAUUUGACUUUAAAACCCCACUGCACCCCACUGCACCCUACCGCACCCCACCUAGCUCUCUCUCUCUCUUUACCGGGGCGCGUCGGGGCGGACGGGGCGCGUCGGGGCGGGGUGGGGCGGGGCGGGGCGAAGAAGUCAAAUCCUAAUUAUAAUUCAAAUCCCGGUACAAUUCAAGUGACAAAAACAAUUUAUCCAGAAUAUGCUAAGAUAACGCCAUUGAGACGUGUGGGACAACCAUUAGAUAUCGCCAAAGGGGUGGCAUUCCUGGCCUCAAGUGAUGCCUCAUUCAUAACCGGCACUAAUCUGGUGGUCGACGGCGGUCUUGUCUAUAAUGCCGGCGCUCUUAAAGUUUAG